AUGUACUCGUUUAAAGGCGAAUUCCCGAAAUCCGACUUCUAUGACAAAACGGCAAUCGGUAUUGUAAACGUUUUCACGACACGGGACAUCGGCCUCCAUCGAAGAUACCGGAGAUUGCUCGUCAAGCUGUCAUAUUACGUCCCUAUUCCAUUCAUCAGCGAGGCAGUCAACAACCGCAAACGGCUUUUACAGUAUAGUGAAACAUCUCUUGGACGACACUACCGCAUCGUCGAAGAGGAGGGUGAAGAUGCUAAACCAACAUUGCUCUCAAAAUUGUACAAGGCCGGCGAGGACGGGUUGUCGUUCAAGGAGAUACGCGCCAACGCCCAAUCUUACAUUGCAAAUACGUUGACCUACCUUGUGUACAAUGUGUGCAAGCACCCGGAGGUGAAAACGAAGUUGGUCGAUGAGCUACAAGGCCUCCCCGACGACUUUGACUACAAUGACGUGAAGUCGCUACCCUACCUGAAUCAGGUCAUUGAGGAAACUCUGCGUCUGUACUCUUCUGUUCCCGGCGGCCUGCCACGCAUGGUAACGAAAGAGGGUGCCGAGUUCAACGGACACUUUAUCCCCGGCGGAUAUACCGUCAGCGUGCAGCCCUACAGUAUGCACCGCAACCCGGACGUGUUUCCAGAGCCAAUGGAGUACAAUCCUUCGAGGUGGGAGAACCCGACUAAGGCCAUGAAGGACUCAUUCCUGCCAUUUGGCGGCGGCAGUCGAGUCUGUAUCGGGUUGCACCUAGCCCGCAUGGAACUCCGCCUGGCCACAGCUCGGUUCUUCGCUACCUUCCCUCCCGACCCUUUCAUGAUUGAUUUACCUACUACCGUCGCCCUCGUACUCCUUCAAGGUUUCACGGCUCGCAUGCUCAGUUUUGUGCGAAGGAUCCAUGCAGCUCGCAAUCUCAUCCAAUUGUCCCGUGCCUCCGCCUGGGCCAUGCUGCAAGCAGCCGCGUGCCGAUUAUCCGGCGUAAGCGCAGGGCUGAGGCCGGCCAAGUGGAUCCAGGUUGCCGGCACAUGUCUCACCACUUGGCAUGCUGGAUUUCCAGACCUGAACAUCUCACAGGCCUCAAGAGAGCGUUUCAACUUUACGGUGUCUCGGGCCGACACGUUCCCUCGGGUGGACGAGAGAACAGACCUCAAGUAUCAUGACAAGAACGUUAUCCACUAUGACUUUAGUGGCGUUGACGAUGAGGUCGCAACCGGUGAGAUCCGCUGCAUGUGUGAGAGCCUCUCGCAAGUCGGGUUGCAGACCGAAGUCAGGGCGGGAGAGGACCAAUCGCUCUUAAUCUUCGUCAGAGCUGCCGCCGAACUUCUCAGCACAGAGAUAUACAAGUCCAGAGUCAAAGACUGGCUUUAUAGCAUCACCAAAACCCAGCCACAAGUUGAUAAGAAGAGCAAGGCACAAGCCGCCAAGUUCACAUUCGAAGCCGAGAGUCUUCUCUGCGUGUAUCACCUUGUGACCUUUUCAAGAGAAAACGGCGGUGCAGGCAUCACUCCUGAGUUUGGCAGGUGGGAGAACGUGAAAGCCGUCUUCCCAAUUCACAACGAACCGGCCAAUCGACAGCUUUUGCGGCACCUCAGCAAGCGAUUCUUCUUAACCAAGGAUGACCUAGAUCAGAUCAGAGAUCUCUUCGGAUCCAAGGUCGCUUUCUACUUUGCCUACAUGCAGACAUACCUGCUCUUCCUUUCAUUUCCGUCCGUGACAGGCAUUCUUGCCUGGGCCUUUCUCCCAAAGUAUUCUCUCAUUUACGCCAUCAUCACUCUUGUUGGAUGUACCAUGUUCCUUGAGUAUUGGAAGAUUGUGCAGGCGGAUCUCAGCAUCCGCUGGGACGUCAAGGGGGUUGGAUCUCUCAAAGCCAACCGCCCCAAAUAUCGUUACGAAAAGGUGGUUGUCGAUUCAGCCGGACGGCCUAAGCAUUACUACCCAAAGUGGAAGUCUUUUGCCAGGCAGUCAUUACAGAUCCCUUUCUUCGCACUGUGCCUUGUGGUCCUAGGUGUGAUAAUCACUGGUGUGUUCGCUUUAGAAAUAUUGGUGUCUGAGGCCUACCAAGGGCCUUAUCAGUCGUAUCUGGAAUAUGUUCCCACACUCAUACUAGCAGCAGCUCUGCCGUACAUCAACUCCCUGCUCGAAGAUGCAGCAUCAUGGUUAGCCGAGUUUGAAAAUCAUCGUACGCAUGACCACCAUGAAAUGUCUGUGACGCAAAAGCUCUUUGUGCUCAGCUUCAUCGUCAACUAUCUCCCUAUUCUGCUCACAGCUUUCGUUUACGUUCCACUUGGUAACCAGAUCGUGCCUUGGCUUGGAUCACAGCUUCCGGGUACGCUUGGUGACAAGCUGGAUAAACAUUUCUUUCAAAAGGAUCCAGAUCGACUGCGCAACGAAGUUAUCGCCUUGACUCUUACCGGGCAGCUGUCCGACAUGUUUGAGGAGAUGGUUGUCCCAUACGCUAUGCACAGGAUUCGAAGCUGGUAUCACGCAUACAAAUCCUACCGAUCCCACCAGGCGUCUUUCAACGCAGUCUCUCCCGAUGACCCGAUGGAAAAAUCAUUCCUCCGCAGGGUUCGCCGCCAAGCCAGUCUUCCAUCGUACAAUGUCCAGGACGACAUCUCGGAGAUGGUCAUUCAAUUUGGAUACCUUGCUUUGUUCUCUCCAGUGUGGCCUCUGGUCUCUGUUGGAUUUUUCAUCAACAAUUGGAUAGAAUUACGGUCGGACUUCCUUAAGAUCUGCAUCGAACAUCAACGCCCCCACCCUACAAGAACCGAUGGGAUCGGCCCCUGGAUCCAUUCUCUUGACGCUCUCACUUGGCUCGGUAGUAUCUCUACAGCGGCUAUUGUGCACAUGUUCGGUACUGAGACCGGUUGGAGCAACACAAUCCUGGGACACACGCUGGGUGGAGUCUCGUGGUGGUCUCUGCCCAUCACUAUCUUUGUGAGCGAGCAUAUCUUUCUCGUAUUACGCGCAGUGGUACGCUUUAUACUCCAGAGCGUCGGCUCCGAAGAGGUACGAAAAGAGCGGAAUGAGCGAUAUGUCCGCCGCAGGAAGUACAUGGACGAAUUAGAGGCAGCAAAUAGGGCAAAGGAGAUGUUAGAUGUGGGGGCUGUCCAACGACGCAAGUCGGUGCGUAUGGCAGACUCGGACAUAUUCUGGACCAAACAAGUUGAACGCGGGUCGAGUGCGGAGACUGGUGUUUCUUUGAUCAAAGCGCUCGGACGAGAUGAGGCCUGGGUAUUGGACAAGAAGGAUAAUUAG